AUGUACACAGAUAUCCCAUCAUUUACGAAAUGUUGCUUCUGUGCACCCUUGAGAUACGGGCUUUUAGUUUGGGCAUACUUUAAAUUGGUUACAAGUAUUAUAAUAUUCUUAUCGGCUCUUACAUGGAUUCUUAGCUUAGUUAUAUUCGUAAUCUUAGUUGGGGACGUCAAGGUUUUUAUAGUGUUAGCUGUGACGACAUUAACCAUUCUUCUAUUUGAUAUUAUCUUCAACUUGGUGCUCAUAAUUGGCGCUCAUAAGAAGCAUACAACGUUGUUACGACUCUACUACCGCUAUGGGAUCGCACAUGCGUUCGUUAUCACAGCCUCUGCUCUCUUAUUCAUUGUUUAUGCGGUUGCUUCAGCGAGUGAUCCCUUUAGUAAACCAAAGUUAUGGCAUAACAUUGUAAUAUUUGCAUCGGCUAUUUGUGCCUCAAUGAUUAUUCACACAUACCUUCUGAUAUUAGUACGAAGUGAGGUACUAAAGCUGAAAGCGAAUUCUCAGUUCAUGUUUACGAACCACACCGCCAACCCCACGUGCGUCAUGCAAGGCUCAGAUGACGUACAGAUAUUAAAUAAAGAUAUAGACGAAGAGACGUAA